CCCAGACAACACAUGAAGACAGCCAAAAUGGAGUUCACUUGACCUGGUGUUGUAUAAAUCUUCUCCGUACUGUUUUCUUGAGAAAUUUAUAUCGAAGUACAGUAUCUUAUGAACUUCGACUUAUAACAUGGCAACAGGACCUUAUAUAAUCCACAAGUCAUCCCAAUUCUGUGCGGCAGUUCGUUCAAAUGUAGACUUUGACAACUCAGUUCGCAAGAGGAUAAGAGAGGUCACGUUCUGCUUUAAUGGCGUGGCCAUGGACACUUUACCACCUCGGUUAAAUUUAAAGAGUCUCUCAACUGCUGUAAACGCUGCUUGUCAACAGUUCAGAGAAAAGGGAGUAAAAUAUUUGAUCAACAAACAAGAUGUCAAUCGGGCGAGGAAAGAAUUACGGGGACAGUUUUAUUCUCAGGCGAGUGAAGGCGAUUUUAAGACUUGCGAAAAUUCGAUAGCAGAGAGUUCUACUUUUGAUGUUCGUCUUUUGGACGCUGCUGGUUUUCGUUGGGAUGAGGAAAGAGUUACGGAUUACGAAUUAUACAGGUAAGAAGUGUGAAUUAAAUGUUCUAGACUUCCUUUUUAUCUGUAAAUUUUCUUUAAUACUUCCUACAAGAUCUAUCGUUGUGAUCAGUGAUGAGCUCUGCACGCUUUAUUUUACUGAGACUAUACAUUCUGUUCUUAACUCAUCCUAUUGCUUUUAAAAUCCUUAAACGAAAAGAACGAUGGAGAAGCUAUGAGAGAACAUACAAUUUUAAGGUUAAAUACUGUUCUCUUUGUUUUAUUGUACAGUGGUGUGCAUGCAUGCAGUUGACGGGCUAGACCUUUCAUGCAUGUGCACUACACAUGCAAUUCUCCUUUCCGUGUUUACAUUACCUGAUAUAAACACGAGAGGGGUCGGAGAAUUCAAGACAGUAUACAGUUAUGCAGGCCCAUCAAAGUCGAGAGUUUGCAUAUGAGAUCCAAAGAAAAUAAAUGUCAAAUUAACAAAAUGACAUCUUGCACAUCAAAUUUUCUGGGUCCAGUUGUUUGAAGGCCGUUUAGCCGUAACCCAUGAUUAAAUUUUAACCCAGGUUUUUUGUCUUUUGUUCAAAAGCGUUGUCCCGCAUAAUUUUCUCUCUUCUUUUUAGUGCAUCAAAUCAUCAAAUUAUAGGCAAAAAGAAUAAAACUGAAUUUGCCCUUCAAGCUUUCAUAUCUUAAAUCAAAUUUCACCCUAAUUUCACUUUGAACAACCCAGCUAUUUUACGUCAAUAUCACAAUACUUGUGAAUUUAAUUUGACAUAUAUUUUCUUGGGCUCCCAUGAGAAAAUAAUAGUCUUUGGUGUUAUUACAGAUGACUUGACUAAACUUCAGAAUACCUGGCCACCAAAAUAUUCCCCAACAACUCCUGCUACUGCAGUUGGCAGUCUGCAGUGCUAUACUUUACAUGUAAUAUACUUUAAUCUACAUGAACAGAAAUAAGCAUGCCAUACAUAUAAUAUACCUCUGUUUUAAUCCACAAAUCCCAACUAAGCCAGUUGAAAAUGUAGCAGCCAUUCUACUUAACUUAAUAUUCGGUGACUUUGGGACUGCGUACCGUGGUAGCAGUACGUUUACACACUUACGUUAGUCAGUUUCAAUAAUAUUACUGACUACGGGACUACCGUUGGUUGCAUCUAAGUGUGUACACGUGAGGAAAAAACAUCUUGUAAUUAGACCCGUACGAAACUUGCAGCGCUGUACAGCGCCACAAAAUCGCUGCAAAAUAGCUGUACAGCUAAAUUACAGCUGUUCAGCAGCCUUUUAGAAGCCAAACAGCAGCUUCAUUCAAGUUACAGCGGGAUGCAAAAGCGCUGUGCAGCCUUUGAAGGUUCUUUGAAGCUCUCGGCAGCGGUUUUGCAGCACCGUUGCCGACUUUCAAAUGCUGCGAAGUAGCUGCAGCAACGCUACAAUUCAGCUGCGGUCGAUCUGACUUUCUUGAGCGCCAAUAACAUGAAUCGCCAGAUAAAGCCUUGGCACAGAUUACGGCUUUUAUAACGCGAAAACUUUGACUGUACCUCUAAGAAAUGUGAGUAAGCUUGUGCGCAAAGAAGAUCACUGUCUUAUUGAAUAAACCUCCAAAUCCUAUGCUUUCGGAAUAAAGAUUUUAAUAAAUUUCAUUCCGUGACCGGCGAGUGUGGGAAUGUUAUCGCUAAUUCCCUGGAGACAUUCUAGGCCGUAAUCUAAUUGGUUGGUCCUUUUGCAUGAGAUCCCAUUACAUCUCUAGACAAACACAGAACAUUUGCGACCGUUGAAUGAAAGGCGCAAACAUUCUAAGUUUUUUUGCAUCUAGUUCUGUUUCGAGAUGGAAGUUCUGUUGAAGUUUUUGGAUGGAACAGCUCAAACGUAUUUGCAAACAACGCACUGAACAGUGACUUCUACGCUAAGUAUCAACGAAUCGAACCAGAGCAAGCAACACAGAUACAAGAAUCUCAGAUGGGGUUCGCACUUACAAGAUUCUUAUACACUCGUGGUAAUGUUCGUUCCU